UGAGAUUAUAUAUAAAACGAUUAUAUACAAAUUUGAACAUAGCCAAAAGCUUGAAGACGAUCUUAACACAAUGUCAAUGUCUACACCAAGGCGGCUGCAUGGGAAGGUAGCUCUCAUAACAGGAGCAGCCAGCGGCAUCGGCGCGGAGACGGCCAGGCUUUUUGCAGGUAACGGUGCUUUUGUUGUUGUAGUGGAUAUUGACGACGAACUAGGUCAUAAGGUGGCAGCCUCCAUUGGCAUCGACCAAGCCAGCUUUCACCACUGUGACGUGAGAGACGAGACACAAGUCGAAAAAAUAGUAAGCUACACUAUCGAAAAACACGGUCGCCUCGACAUUCUUUUCAGCAACGCCGGCAUCACUGGUUCUCUCAGUUCAAUUCGAGAACUUGACAUGUCCGACUUUGACAAUGUAAUGGCGAUCAAUGUCCGUGGGGUGGUUUCGUCGAUCAAGCACGGGGGAAAAGCAAUGGUAGAGCGGAACAUACGUGGGUCGAUAAUCUGCACGACGAGUGUGGCAGCGACGGUUGGUGGGAUGGCACUGAUGGCGUACACAUGCUCAAAGCAUGCAGUGUUGGGGGUGGUGAGGUCGAGCUGCGCUGAGCUAGGGGCAUACGGUAUUAGGGUAAACUGCGUGUCGCCUUAUGGGGUGGCGACGCCACUGACUUGCCAGAGUUUGAAAAUGGAAGAGAGUAAGUUUGAAGAGAUUGUUAGUUCAAAGGCAAGCUUGAAGGGUGUGGUGUUGAAGGCUAGCCAUAUAGCUGAGGCUGCUUUGUUUCUUGCAUCUGAUGAAUCAGUUUAUAUUAGUGGUCAAAACUUGGUCGUUGAUGGUGGCUUCACAGCCGUUAGAUCAGUGAUGUAAUUCUCUAAUUUCUAAGGGUUUAAGUAAUUAAUUAAUUAAUUGAUGUGCUAAAUAAUAAUUUGGAAACAUUUGAGAAGUUGGAACUUUGUGAUGAACACUCCUAAUUGAAAUAAGAACUGAUGCAAUGAAUUAAAUGGAA